AAGAGAGAAGCGGCAAGGACAGCGAAGGGGAAGAAAGUUGGUGGAGUGUCAGGAGAGAAGAGCGUCCGUCUGGAAGUCUGGAAGUCUGGAUCCGCCGUGGCGCAGGCCCCGUCGGUGGCUGACCCGCUUGCGUCUUGCUCCUCUUCCUGAGCUUCCUCCGAACAUUCCAACGAUCGCACGCUUAACGCUCUCCUCCACAACUGUCAAUUCCACUCCAGCCCUUGCUCCAGUCCGUCUCGCCCUGAUCGUCUCGCCCUCUCGACGGAGGAUUCGCUGCACCCCCCGUCCCUCCCUCUGAUAUCCCCGACCGGGCAGGUCCCCUCGAAUCCAUCAUGAAGCACAUGCGCAACCUCAUUUCGACGACGCAGGCUCUUCGCCGCGUUUUUAUUACUCCGCUGCAAGUGCCUCGAUCCCAAUUUCUCCGUCACUUCGCGGCCCCUACUCUCAACCAAUCCCGCCUCUACCACGCCAGCCCUCGGUCGCCAUUUAUUGCACGGUCGUCGCCAACUUCUCCUCCUCCCAAUCAAGACCCAGGAGAUCAAUUGAGGGAUGAAGCCAUCGAGGCCGACAUCAUCCAAGUGGUGAAUGACGCGGGCGGUCUGAACCCUCCCGCCAGACUCCGCGAUGUGCUCAGGUCAUUCAACCGCAAAGAGAAUUUCCUCCUGCAGGUGUCUCCUACGCUGCCUGACCGGCCCACCGUCUGCAAGAUCGUGAACCGGAUCGCACUGCGCGACCAUGAACGAGCAAAGGCGAAAGCCGCGCAUGCUGCCAAGGUGUCGACCAAGCAGCUUGAGUUGAACUGGGCCAUUAAUGCGCAUGAUCUCGCGCAUCGGCUGAAGCAGUUGACGACCUUUUUGGACAAGGGCCGGAAAGUGGAGAUCAUCUUGACCCGGAAGAGAGGCAAAAGGUCUCCCAACGUGGAGGAGAUCAAGCAUCUGAUGGACAGUGUGAUUACGACCGUCAAGGAAGCGAAUGCCAUGCAGGUUCGGCCGAUGGAGGGAGACCCCGGCAAGCAUGUUCUUCUCGUGGUGAAGAAAAAGGAUACUUGAGGUUAAGGGUGUCUUCUUGGGUGAAUCGAUGUACUGUACAUGUUUGCAACAAUUCCACACAAAGCAAAAGAACUAUAUCAUAGCGACGCGAAACUCUAUAGAGGUCGGUCUCAUUGUUAUGGUCGCGGCGGCCCGGGCCAGACGGACAGACA